AUGGGUUUUGAUGAGGCGAAGGAUUCUGAUGCAGGACAAUCGUGCGUAGAAGAAUGGGUGCUGAAGAGUGGUGCCCUCCCAUGUCCAAGGCAUCGGAGGCCUGUUGUUCAUCGUAAGCUGGUGGGAAUUGAUGAGAAGUUCUGGGAAUCUGUGAGAGUGAUGAAAUGGCGAAGAGCUUCCUUUCAUGUUACGAUUUGGAUGCUGGGCAUGUACAUAGGGCCAGACGAGACUGCCAAUCCCUCCACAUUUAUCAUUGGGCAGGUUGAGACUGAGACGACGUGCUACAGCUACAUCCUCUGCUUACUGGCUCUCAUCCCUGGGAUGCGACAUGCUGGUGUACACAGAUCCGGACACAAUUCUCAGGAUGAUGAUAAUGAUGAUGAUGAUGAUGAUGCUGUUAUUGUUGUUGUUGGGAUAGUGAGAACAGUGAGAACAGUUUACUGCGAGGAGCCUAGGCGUUGCGGGUGCGUCGGGUUGAAGUUUGAUGUUGUGUAUGUUUUGAAGAGAGAAGAGAGAAGAGAUGCCAUGUGGUGGGUGGUACGCUGGUCUGUAAAGUACUUUGACGUUGGUACCAUAUAUACACACGGCUUGUAUUUCUCAUCGACAGUGACAUGUUAUAUUUUCGCUCAUCAAAUCUCGUACGCAGAGUUUUACACAUCGGAAAUGGAAAUGGAUCGUCUCCUAGGCUGUCCCACUUGGGAUGACAUUCGAUGGCUAGACCCUUUUAUCUAUCACUUCCUCGUCAAUCCCUGA